UCAGAAUAUUAAACUAUUUAGUGAAAUGUUAUGCUAGGAAUCUUUGCUCUAAAUUAAACCAAAUACUUCAGGAUCUGAUAACAAUGAAGAAGUGCUGCUGCUGUGGGGUGAAAACGGCCUCUGUUGUGCUUGGAACGUUUAACUUGUUCCUGUCUAUUCUUCUAAUCAUUCCUCUAGCAGCAUACCUAGCUAAUUCAGAGGUUCCAGGACUCAAUCCUAUCAAGGAUAAUCAGAAAUAUAUUGAGAAUGUUCUAGAAGAUAUUUUACGGGAACACAGAUGGACGAUGCAAACCUAUCAGGAAAUAAUGGGGUCUGCUAGAGAAUGGUGGCCAACAUCAGCUCUAAUAGCUUUAUCCUUGUCAGCAAUCAGUGCUACGUCAGCCCUUCUUCUUAUACUGGGAGUCCGCUGUCAGGUUAGGUUUAUGAUGGUUCCCUACCUAGUGCUAACUAUGCUUGAUAUAAUAUUGGCUGGGGCAGGAGGAAUUGUUAUUGUUGUAGCACUUUUCUACGCUAAUAUCAUCCCAGGCGUAGUGUCAGCAGCUGUUUAUAUAAUUCUGGCGGUUCUCUCUCUUUACUCAUGGACUGCGGUGCUAGCAGCUUAUCAGAUUCUUGAAAGCGGAGAAUAUGAGUACAGUCCAGCUCCAACCAAGUCAGGUAUUAAAUUGAUUUUUUAAAGGGACUUAUGGUUUAGUUGGUU